GCAUUGCCAAGACGUCAGUGCUCAGUGUCACUUUGAAUUUUUUUCAUGUUGACUCGCCUAGUGAGCUGCACUGAUAGUCGGUACAAGACAAUUGCCCUGCCACGGAAAGGAAAAAAAAUGUCAAAACGAGCGAUUGAUGAUGUGGAAGCCGAGGCAGCCGCCGUUGAUCGAGUGAAGGGGAAGAAGGAGAAAAAAGAGAAGAAGGCUGGGAGGGAUGUGGUUGAGAAUGAUGUCAAAGUUGGUGUAGAUGGGGCUAUGGAGGGGGAGGCGAAGGAGAAGAAGGAUAAGAAAGAUAAGAAGAGGGAAAAGAAGCUGAGGAAGGCUAAGAAGAAGAUUGAGGAGGCAAUUGUUGCUGGAGAGGGAGUAAUGGACGUGGAUGUUCUGGAUACUUUGGAAGCCCAACCGCAGCUAGAGAGGCCCUCGAAGGAGGAGCGAAAGGCGGCGAGAAAAGCUGCAAAGGAGGCAAAGAAGAAGGCAAGGAAAGAAGCCGAUAGCAAAUCUAACAGAAGGGCCUUUUCCUCCACCCCGUCGGAUACCCCUGUGCCGCCAGUUUCUUACUCGAUACCGUCCGGUCCUCCUGCCAUUUCCUCGGGAUACACGGAGAACUCGGAACUAACCUCUCUACCAAAACCCACGAUUGACGGAUUCCUCACAGAGCACGCUAUUGCGAUCACAGAUCCCCACAACUCCAACCUCAGACCUAUAACUUCCUUCUCUUACCUUCCCUCCAACUCAUUCGACUUUACUGGCUUCACGAGCCCAACACCGAUUCAAGCGGCGACAUGGCCAUUCACAUUGUCCGGCUACGACUGUAUCGGCGUUGCAGAGACUGGGUCUGGGAAGACGCUUGCGUUCGCUGUUCCUGCGAUUAGACAUAUUAUUGCGUUGAAAGCGAGACAGAGGUCUUCGAAGGGCGUGCGAGCUCUUGUCGUCUCGCCGACGAGGGAGUUGGCAAUGCAGAUAUAUGAUAGCAUGGAGAGGUAUUCCAAGGAAGCACGACUGUCUACAGUGUGUGUCUACGGCGGUGUGCCCAAGGAUGAGCAGAGAUCAAAGCUCAAGAAAGCGGAUAUUGUCGUCGCAACUCCGGGACGUCUAAACGACCUGAUCGACGAAGGCUCUGCGGACCUCAGUAAUGUCUCAUACCUAGUCCUUGACGAAGCAGACAGAAUGCUCGAUAAAGGUACCUUCUCGCACCAUCCAAUCCAAUUCUCUGGUUCUGUAAAUGCUAACCAUUCCGCCAUCCCACAGGCUUUGAGGAGGACAUAAAACGCAUAAUUCGCGCCAUCCCCUCGCCCACCCGCCAAACCCUAAUGUUUACCGCAACCUGGCCGCAAUCCGUGCGAGAGCUCGCCUCAACCUUUAUGACCUCGCCAACUAAGAUAACGAUCGGAGAUAGAGACGACCUGCGCGCGAACGUGCGUAUCGCCCAAACCGUCGAAGUGAUAGACCAGCACGCCAAAGAAUCCCGCCUCGUCGCUCUGCUAAAGCAACACCAAUCCGGCAGCCAGAGCGAGGAUAAAAUCCUCGUCUUCUGCCUCUACAAGAAGGAAGCCAUACGUGUCGAGAACUUCCUCCGCUCUCGCGGGCUAAGAGUAGCAGGCAUCCACGGGGACCUAAGCCAGGCGCAGCGAACCCAUGCUCUGGCGCAAUUCAAAGACGGGAAGUGUCCACUUCUGAUAGCGACAGAUGUCGCGGCUAGAGGACUGGAUAUCCCGAAGGUCAAGUUGGUGAUUAACGUCACCUUCCCUCUCACGAUCGAGGACUACGUGCACAGGAUUGGGAGAACAGGGAGGGCUGGGGCGACUGGGAUGGCGUAUACCUUCUUCACGGAACACGAUAAACCGCAUUCGGGGGCGCUGGUUAACGUUCUCAAGGCCGCCAGGCAGCCGGUCCCUGAGGCGUUGCUUAAGUUUGGAACCACGGUUAAGAAGAAGGAGCAUGCGGCGUAUGGGGCGUUUUAUAAGGAGACUGAUGGGUUUGUUUCUCUGCCGUUUUUUUUUCUUUUUUUCUUCAGGGAGGCGUGGGGCUAAUUUCAGGGAUAGGAAGCAAACGUCGAAAAAAAUCAAGUUUGAUGAUUAA